CAGCCCGGCCACGAGGCCCCGCGGCGACGGCGGCGAUGGCGAUGGCCGUGCGGGCGGCGCUGCGGGGAGUCUGCGGGCGCUUCCGGUGGCGGACGCAGGCCUCGACCUCGGCCUCGGCGGGCGGGGUGCGGGGCGCGGCGCAGGGCGCAGCAGCAGGACUACUGGACUACGAUCUCCUGGUGAUUGGUGGGGGAUCCGGCGGGCUGGCCUGUGCCAAGGAAGCCGCUCAGCUGGGAAAGAAGGUGGCCGUGGUAGACUACGUGGAACCGUCCCCGCAAGGCACCCGGUGGGGCCUCGGCGGCACCUGCGUGAAUGUUGGCUGCAUCCCCAAGAAGCUGAUGCACCAUGCAGCGCUGCUGGGGGGCAUGAUCCGAGACGCCCCCUACUACGGCUGGGAGGUGCCCCAGCAGGUCCCGCAUGACUGGAGGAAAAUGGCAGAAGCCGUUCAAAACUACGUGAAGUCCCUGAACUGGGGGCACCGGGUCCAGCUGCAGGAGAGAAAAGUCAGCUACUUUAAUAUGAAGGCCAGCUUUGUGGAUGCGCACAUGGUUCGCGGAGUGGCAAAAGGUGGGAAAGAGACUCUGCUUUCGGCUAAGCACAUUGUCAUCGCUACUGGAGGGAGACCGAAGUACCCCACGCACAUUGAAGGUGCUGUGGAACAUGGGAUUACAAGUGAUGACAUCUUCUGGCUGAAGGAAUCCCCUGGAAAAACGUUGGUGGUUGGAGCCAGCUACGUGGCCCUGGAGUGCGCCGGCUUCCUCACCGGCCUGGGACUGGACACCACCGUCAUGAUGCGCAGCAUCCCUCUGCGGGGCUUUGACCAGCAAAUGUCAACCUUGGUCACGGACUACAUGGCUUCUCACGGAACCAGGUUUCUGAAGGGCUGCAUCCCCUUGAGAGUGAAGAGGCUCCCGGACAACCAGCUUCAGGUCACCUGGAAGGACGUCGCCUCUGGCAGGGAGGGCAUGGACACCUUCAACACCGUCCUGUGGGCCAUAGGGCGAGUUCCAGAAACCAGAAAUCUGAAUUUGGAGAAGGCUGGAGUGAACACCAAUCCUGAGAGUCAGAAGAUCCUGGUUGAUGCCCAGGAAGCCACCUCCGUCCCCCAUAUCUAUGCCAUUGGAGACACAGCGGAGGGGCGGCCCGAGCUGACACCCACAGCUAUCCUGGCAGGGAGGCUCCUGGCCCAGAGGCUCUGCGGCCAGUCCUCAGACCUGAUGGACUAUGACAAUGUCCCCACCACAGUGUUCACCCCGCUGGAAUAUGGCUGUGUGGGGCUGUCCGAGGAGGCGGCUGUGGCACGCCACGGAAAGGAGCAUGUGGAGGUUUAUCACGCCUACUAUAAGCCUCUCGAGUUCACAGUGGCUGAACGGGACGCGUCCCAGUGUUACAUAAAGAUGGUGUGCCUGCAGAAGCCCCCAAAGCCGGUGCUGGGCCUGCACUUCCUGGGCCCCAACGCAGGUGAAGUUACUCAAGGAUUUGCUCUGGGGAUCAAAUGUGGUGCCUCCUACGCGCAGGUGAUGCGGACCGUGGGCAUCCACCCUACCUGUGCCGAGGAGGUGACCAAACUGCGGAUCUCCAAGCGCUCAGGCUUGGACCCCACCGUGACUGGCUGCUGAGGUUAAGCCGCCAUCCCUGCCAAGCCCAGGGCACACGACACACCUGCUGCCCCACAGCCAGGCCCUUCGGGGCUUUGGAUCCAGGACACUGAAGGCCCAGCCCAGGCGACCCUCCGCCCUGCCUGGAGAGCCCUGGAGGUGUCUGGCGUGGGCGGCGUGUCUGGAUGGACUGCCCGUGUGCCCUGCAGGGAUGGCUCCCGUGGGACGUCAGCCCCCACACCUGCCCUGUUGCCCCUCCUGCUCGGGCCGGCCCUGCCAGGCCCCCGAUGCCAGAUGAUGACGACCUGCGCAGAAACCCACCCUGUGGGCUGCCCACGUCUGAGCCCCCCUGGUAUUUCCGGAGUGCAAAUAAAGAGGGUGUUUUCCUGAA